AACUUCACAUACCCGCCCAGUUACUGGGUGCUUCCCACAGACGGAAGCUCACGCAAUGCUAAAUUCCCUUUGAAAGGGAUCGUAUGUUAUGUAGAUUAUACUCCAUACAAGUCCCUGCAAAUGAGCUAUUACAAUAGACAGAUUAAAAGUAUUAGAACAAGUGCGUUAAUAUAGACCUGUGAUUUGACUUACUGUACAGCAGGAACUACUUUCAGAGCUAGAAAAUUAAUCAACAUCUGACCAAGCAACUCUGUGCCAUAGGCUAUCCAAAUGAUUACACAUUAGUUAAAUAUUUGUAGCCUGUCUAUUAUAGUAUUGCAGUGUGUUUGACCAUAAAAGUUAAAUAAACGUCUCCUUACAGAAAAUGUCACGAUUAGGCUGUACGUUUUUAUUUGUUAAAUAAUUUGUUCAUCUGUUCAAGUCCCUGUGAACGAGCUGUUACUAGUAUAAGGUUGAGUGCAUUAAUUUAAAUAUAAUUACAUAUUUAAUAAAAACUUGUGUUUGCAGCUGCACGGUUAUCACAGCUGAUGGUUUAGUAAAUGAAUCAGAAUGACUCUUCUGACCAAUCAGAAUAGAGAAUUCAACAGCGUGCGUGCGUGGGUGUGCGAGAGAAACACUUCCGGACAGUUAUGAGGUGUACAGUAUAUACCCUACUGUAAAGCGAACCGCGAAUCUCGUUAAUCCUCGCGCUGUCCUGUUUCCGGAAAUUGCGCGCGAGGACGCAGAAGACGAACGACUCCCGCGUACUCUCUCGCGCUUCUAAGUGUUGACGGUAACUAACGAACUUCCGUAGCAGUAGAUCCGGGAUGUGAUGAAGUGAUCUAUGAAGUGUCGCGUGUGAUGUCGGUGUGAGAAGCUCAAGCACUCGAACAGGUGUGUUUAAAAGCAGAUAGUUCAGUACUUGGAAUGAGUUGAAGAUUAAUCAUAAUCUAAACCAUUUCUGUGUAAGUUCUGUGUAAUUAUCUACACAAUAGUAUUUUUCACAAUUAUACCAUAUAGAAGAUUUCUUUCUUUUAUACAUUUACGAGUGGUUCAUGUUUAAUACAGUAAAUUUGCUUGUUUGCUUUGAAGCAAGAAACUAUAUUAUGUGUUUAAGUUCGAGUGUAACUUCAGAGAUUAAAGCAAAUACUCUACAAAGUCAUUUACCUCGACUCACUAGUCUUUUGAGAAGGGAAAACUAGUUUUUUUACACUGUAACUGUAUUCAUUCUGCUAUUCAUAACAGAAUUAUUUAAGUAUCUUAGUUUGACUUACAUAUUCAAAAUGUAUUCAAAUGAACUAAGAAAACCUGUUUGACUUCUUUCUUUCUUUCUUUCUUUCUUUCUUUCUUUCUUUCUUUCCCCUUUGUAUUCAUACACACGUCAUGUCACUGCACUAUUAUCUUCACUUCACUCUAUUCAUGAUUAUCUGUAUUUGUUUUCUCUAUGCAACUUAAAUCCAGGUGACAUUGAGGGCACAGGCAUUAAGCGGAAUCAUGGCUGAAGCAGUAACACCCAACACAGUCCACCUAACCUCCUGGUUCACUGAGUACCAGAAGAACCACAUUGUGAAGGAUGGCGUCACCCCGAAAUGGUUUCAUGGCACCAUAUCCAGGAAGCAGACUGAGGAGAUGCUAAUGACCAAACCUCCAGGCUACUUCCUGAUUCGUGUCAGUGAGAGCAGAAUAGGAUACACCCUGUCCUACAGAGCUGAGGAUCUCUGCAGACACUUUAUGAUCGACAUUCUUCCAGGAAACCAGUAUGAGAUUGUAGGUGAGAAUGUGCGGCAUUGCUCUCUCUAUAAUCUGGUAGACUUCCACCGCAAAACUCCAAUUCGUCCCUACAAUGAGCUGCUCACCGUAGCCUGCGAUCAGGUUGGAAAGAAUAUCUCAGAAGACAUGCCUCCUGCCCUGCCAGCACGUCCCCCAAUUCCAAACCAGAACCUGAGCAUCUCAUCGGACGUUUCAGUAAGCCCUCUGAGGCUCUAUCCCAGCCUAGAGCAUGAGCUUAGAUCUCUCAGCUUGGACAGUGUGGGAUCUCCUCUAAACCCUGCACCACAGUGCAGACCAAAAUUCAUCCCCACUCUACCAGAGAUUACGACCAAAUGGUGCUCUGCACAUGCUAAAACCACCACUGGAGGAGAGCAAACUACAGGUUUACCAACAGCCUGCAACCAGAGAACAUCUAAAGACAAAGUACCGCAAAAGAGUCUGGCAGAGUUGAAGUUCACCCGCAUAAACAUAAAUCAGUGCAAGAAGAUCUUCAAGAAGAAGAAGAACCAUUCAGAGGAGCACACGUACAUGGAAAUCAAUGAAUCUGAAGUCACAACUGAACCUGCAGCAUUGCAGAUAGAUGCAAACAGGGACCACCAAGAGGUGCAUGGUGUUUCUGGUACAAUCCCAUUGGAAUACCUAAAUCCACCUCCGUUUGCUCCUGGCUAUUGAACAUAAUCCAAAAGAACAAAUUAAAAGAUUAACAACACUAAUAGUUUUUCACCACAGCCAUUUAUUUAGAAUGUAUUAUAUUUUAUUGUUUUGCCACACUCCUGGAAUGAUGUAUACAUCUGGAAUAAUAUUCAUAUACACGGUUGUUGAAUGUUCAAUUCUGAUUGGUCAGAAGGCAAAGAUUGAUUUUCUAUAACAGCACCUCUGCUAACAGCUGCAAAUUACAGGCCUAUAUUAAUGCGCUUUUUCUAAUAUAUAUUGUUUCUAUAGUAUCAACUUACUCAGGAUGAUUGUAUAGUGGACACUCCAUGGAAUCUACAGUAAAAGGAUUCUAAAUAUGUUUUCUAUAUAUAUUUUUUAACAGUCUCCAGUAUCAGCACUUUGUAACAGUACGUUUUCAGACAUGUGAAAAUCUUCAUGACCGAAGACUUUCUGGUUUCUGAGUAACAUGUCAAGCUGCAUUUUUUGUCUUAAAGUGAAGGAACGACUGUUUAUGUUUAUAUAACAUAAGUGAUAACAGGAACUAUCUUGUUUCACAGACUUUCCUCAACAUUUGUAACUAUAAAUAGUUAAAAAGCAUGAAGUGUCAUUCAUUAAUAAAUGAAAAACUUUAAUGGUCUGCAAAUUGCAAUGGUACAAGAGGAAUAAAACAGUUUGAGGUGUGCUGUAUUUCCUAUUUUUUAGUCUGACAAAGGCAACAUGUAAAUAAUUAUGCUUAUUAUUAUUAUAAUUAUUAUUACUACUACUACUACUACUACUACUACUAGUAGUAGUAGUAGUAGUAGUAGUACUAGUAGUAGUAGUAGUACUAGUAGUACACUCAAAAAAGUACUGGGUUGUUUCUGUAAACACAUUGUUGGGUUGCUCAUGCUGGGUCAAAUGGGUUGCAAGGUUGUAAAUGUCAGUUUUUAAGUGAGUGUUGUGUAAUUCAGGGGUUCCCAAACUUUUCCAGGGCAAGGCCCACCAAAUGGCAUUAACAUUUGUCCGAGGCCCCCCUUUUGCAAGAUAUCUUUAAAACACAUUAAAAAUACAGACUUCUGAAUA